CUAAAAUUGUUGAAUCAACAGAGAGGUCCUCAUGGCGGUUCAACAAGUGGUAGACGGUAUAUAAAUCGUGAUAGGAAAGAACGUCAUGAUCUAAUUGUCAACGAUUAUUUCAAUGGUGAGAACUCAAAGUAUACACCUGAGAAAUUUCAUCGACGAUUUCGGAUGGACAUCGAAUUAUUCCAACGUAUUUUGAGAGCAAUUAAGGCCUAUGAUAAUUAUUUUACACAAAAGGUUAAUGCGGUCGGAAAAGCCGGGUUGAGCCCUUUACAAAAAAUCAUAGCUUCAAUACGUAUGUUAGCAUAUGGUUGUGCAGCGGAUAUUCUUGACGAGUAUGUCCAAAUUGGACAGAGCACGACAAUUGAGAGCUUGAAACGAUUCUGCGAUGCUAUAAUUGAUAUUUUUGAAAA